CCAUUUCAUUUCCAUAUAUCGACCCCACGUUAUCAUCCCCAUUUCUCACCGCCUGUUCUCUGUCGUGUCCCACCAUCUCUGUCCAUUGGCCUCGUCUUCCUUUUAGAGGCUAAGGACUUCAAUUCCAUUCUCUAAUUUCCUCUUUUGCAACCAAGGUUUCAAACGGAGCGAAAAACCAGAGGGAGUUUGGAGUUGGAUUUCUGGGCAUUUGAUGGGGCGGUGGAAUGAGAAACUGGUGUCCUUUCUGAACAAUAGAUGGCUGGUUUUUGUGGCUGCGAUAUGGAUACAAUCUUGCGCCGGAAUUGGGUAUCUUUUCGGAAGCAUAUCGCCGGUGAUUAAAACCAAUUUGAGCUACAAUCAACGGCAGCUUGCGCGCCUCGGUGUCGCCAAGGACCUCGGCGACAGCGUCGGAUUUUUGGCCGGAACCUUGUCGGAGAUACUGCCCUUUUGGGGUACUCUGCUCGUCGGUGCUAUCAAUAACUUCGUCGGUUAUGGCUGGCUUUGGCUCAUCGUCUCUGGUCGAGCUCCAGUUUUGCCUCUCUGGGCGAUGUGCGUUCUUGUAUUUGUGGGAACGAACGGGGAGACGUACUUCAAUACCGUUUCUCUGGUUUCUUGUGUACAAAACUUCCCGAAAAGCAGGGGUCCUGUGGUCGGGAUUCUGAAAGGCUUUGCUGGUUUAAGUGGUGCAAUUUUGACUCAGAUAUAUGCAAUCAUCCAUUCUCCUGAAUCAGCCAAUCUUAUAUUCAUGGUUGCAGUAGGUCCUGCACUGGUGGCUAUUGGUAUGAUGUUUUUUAUCAGACCUGUUGCGGGUCAUCGACAAGUAAGGCCGUCCGAUGCCACAAGCUUUACUUGUGUUUAUGGUGUCUGCCUCCUUUUGGCUGCAUAUUUGAUGGGAGUCAUGCUUGUUCAGGAUAUUUUUACCUUGAACCCCACUGUGAUAGCCGUUUUUACUGCAAUUAUGUUUGUCAUCCUUCUUACUCCCUUCUUGAUUCCCGUGGCAUUGACUUUUAGCGUCGAGUCAACAUAUCCUGAACAAGAGGCUCUCCUACAUCCGUCACAAAAACAGGAACCUGCCAGAACUGAACCAGAUGGUCAUGAAGUGUUAUUUAGUGAGGUGGAAGACGAAAAAUCCGAGGGCGAGGACUUGCUUCCUGCAUCGGAGAGACAAAAACGCAUUGCUCAGUUACAAACAAGACUAUUGCAAGCAGCUGCAGAAGGAGCAGUAAGGGUCAAGAGAAGAAAGGGUCCACGUAGAGGGGAAGACUUCACCUUAACUCAAGCUUUGAUCAAAGCAGAUUUUUGGCUUAUAUUUGUAUCCCUUCUCUUUGGUUCUGGAAGCGGAUUGACCGUGAUCGAUAACCUUGGUCAGAUGAGCCAGUCUUUAGGCUAUGAUAACACGCAUAUUUUUGUAUCCCUGAUCAGCAUAUGGAACUUUCUCGGCCGUGUUGGUGGCGGAUACUUCUCUGAGAUUGUUGUAAGAGAUUAUGCUUAUCCAAGACCCAUUGCAAUGGCGGUCGCCCAAUUCCUUAUGGUAUUUGGACAUAUCUUCAUUGGUAUGGGAUGGCCCGGGGCAAUGUACGUCGGUACUCUCUUAACAGGGCUCGGGUAUGGGGCUCACUGGGCGAUCGUUCCCGCUACUGCCUCUGAAUUGUUUGGCUUGAAAAAGUUUGGGGCUUUAUACAACUUCCUCACUCUCUCAAAUCCCAUGGGAUCUCUGAUAUUUUCUGGCGUAAUUGCAAGCAGUAUAUAUGAUAGUGAAGCAGAGAAGCAAGCUCAUAGUCAUCACCCUCAGAUGCAUAGCAUCCCAUCGGUUUGGUUCGGCAGACUUUACAGCGAGGGAGCGCUCAAGUGCGAGGGUUCCAUAUGCUUCUUUCUGACUUCUAUGAUCAUGGCUGCAUUCUGUGCUGUUGCAGCCAUGUUAAGUUUGAUUUUGGUGUAUCGGACAAAGGUUGUUUACUACAACCUGUACGGAAAAUCUCGUGCAUCAAUGCUUUCGUAAUCGGUUUUGUCAGUCGAGAGUUGUCGUUACCCUUUCGUGUUCUUUGUUUUGAGAUGGAGUGGAAUUUUUGCUGCAAGAACGACACAAGAAGCCUGUUCAGAGAUGCAAGAAGCUGAAAGAAAUAGAUUUCCAUUCGCCCUUUUGGUAUAAAAAUGCCUUUUUCCUGUGUGUUGCAGACUACAGUUGGGUCGUGGGCGGAAGAACAACAGCUACUUUCAUGUGCCAUCUUCCUUCCCUUUCUCCCCUGAAAAAAAAAGAAUAUAUAUUUAUAUAUAUAUAUGAAAAUUAAUUGUUGUGGAACAUAUUGUAUUUAGGAUUCACCAUUAUUGAUCAGUGAAAACAAAGAAUAUGGUAUUGAUUUAUUUUUGUCCAUUUUGUUGUCAUAAACAGGAUGUAUUAUUAAAGCGACUUGUUGGAUUCUUGUGGUUCA